CUUGACACAACCCUGCAGAGAUGCCUCCUCAGCACCAAAAACGCCUCAACUUUUCAGCCAAAGUGGUCCAGGGCACCCUGGACAGCCUGCCCCAGGCGGUGAGGGAGUUCGUGGAGAGCAGCGCCAAGCUCUGCCAGCCUGACCAGAUCCACAUCUGCGACGGCUCCGAGGAGGAGAGCCGGCAGCUUCUGUGCCACAUGGAGGACCAGGGCGUGAUCAAGAGGCUGAAAAAGUAUGACAACUGCUGGCUGGCUCUCACUGACCCCAGGGAUGUGGCCAGAAUUGAAAGCAAGACAGUCAUUAUUACCCAAGAGCAAAGAGAUACGGUGCCCAUCCCCAAAAGUGGCCUCAGCCAACUGGGUCGCUGGAUGUCGGAGGAGGACUUUGAGAAAGCAUUCAAUGCCCGAUUUCCUGGGUGCAUGAAAGGUCGCACCAUGUAUGUCAUCCCCUUCAGCAUGGGGCCCCUGGGCUCGCCUCUGUCAAAGAUCGGUGUCCAGCUGACAGACUCGCCCUAUGUGGUGGCCAGCAUGCGCAUCAUGACGCGAAUGGGCACACCUGUCCUGGAAGCACUGGGCGAUGGGGAAUUCGUCAAGUGUCUCCAUUCCGUGGGGUGCCCUUUGCCUUUAAAUAAGCCUUUGGUUAACAACUGGGCCUGUAACCCAGAGCUGACCCUCAUCGCCCACCUGCCCGACCGCAGAGAAAUCAUCUCCUUCGGGAGUGGGUACGGCGGGAACUCGCUCCUCGGGAAGAAGUGCUUUGCCCUCAGGAUGGCCAGCCGGCUGGCCAAGGAGGAGGGGUGGCUGGCAGAGCACAUGCUGAUCCUGGGCAUAACCAACCCCGAGGGCCAGAAGAAGUACUUCGUGGCAGCCUUUCCCAGUGCCUGCGGGAAGACCAACCUGGCCAUGAUGAACCCCACUCUCCCAGGGUGGAAAAUAGAGUGUGUGGGUGACGACAUCGCCUGGAUGAAAUUUGACCAACAAGGUAACUUAAGGGCUAUCAACCCAGAAAAUGGUUUUUUUGGUGUCGCUCCUGGAACCUCUGUGAAGACGAACCCCAACGCCAUCAAGACCAUCCAGAAGAACACCAUCUUCACCAACGUGGCUGAGACCAGUGAUGGGGGCGUUUACUGGGAAGGCAUCGACCAGCCACUGGCCUCGGGUAUCAGGCUUACUUCGUGGAAGAACAAGGAGUGGACCCCCGAGGAUGGGGAACCUUGUGCCCACCCCAACUCGCGGUUCUGCGCCCCUGCGAGCCAGUGCCCCAUCAUCGACCCUGCCUGGGAGUCUCCGGAAGGCGUGCCCAUUGAGGGCAUCAUCUUUGGAGGCCGCCGACCUACUGGUGUCCCUCUGGUCUACGAAGCUCUCAGCUGGCAGCAUGGAGUGUUCGUGGGGGCGGCCAUGAGAUCGGAGGCCACGGCAGCUGCCGAGCACAAAGGCAAAGUCAUCAUGCACGACCCCUUUGCCAUGCGGCCCUUCUUCGGCUACAACUUCGGCAAAUACCUGGCCCACUGGCUCAGCAUGGCCCAGCGUCCAGCAGCCAAGCUGCCCAAGAUCUUCCACGUCAACUGGUUCCGGAAGGACAAGGAAGGCAAGUUCCUCUGGCCGGGCUUUGGCGAGAACUCCAGGGUGCUGGAGUGGAUGUUCAACAGGAUCAACCAGGAAGCCGGCGCCAAGCUCACGCCCAUCGGCUACAUCCCUGAGGAGGGUGCCCUGAACCUGAAAGGCCUGAGGGACGUCAACGUGAAGGAGCUCUUCGACAUCUCCAAGGAGUUCUGGGAGAAGGAGGUGGAAGACAUCCAGAAGUACCUGGAGCAGCAAGUUAACGCCGACCUCCCCUAUGAAAUCGAGAGAGAGGUCCUUGCCCUGAAGCAGAGAAUCAGCCAGAUGUAAGCAGACCCGAGCGCUUCGCCUUGAAAAUCACCCCCCUUUCCAACCCAUGAGACGGACCUGGAGCAAGGGAGAGCGGAGCUUCCUGAACCGACACGCCUGCAGCCCCCUAAUGACCACGUCGACGGGCAGAUCCAAAAGACACGCUUUAAUUGUUCAGCUAAGACCGCAGAAUACAGGCUAGUAACUACGAGAUUGGGAAGGGAAAUCUCAGCACGUCUCCGAAAUUCACUAGCCCAUGCACAUUUGCUCAACCCUAAGGACACUCAGGCACUUAGUGUUUUUUGGUUUUUUCACUUGAGCUAUAUCUGUUAGCUGGAACGUACAGAAAAAAUACUUGAGCUUUAUAUACAUGUGUGCGCGUGUGUGUAGUGUUCGUGCACGUGCGUCUAUGUACUGUUAUCUAAAAUAUGUUAGACACCUUUGGAAAAAUCUUGGGCAAGAUUACCUGCUAGUUGCUGGAGGGAAAUGUUGCUUUAUUAUUAAUACGUGUGUUUAAAUUAUUUUUAUAUACCAUUGUUUCUUACCUUUACGUAAUUUCAAUUUUUUUCCCUUAACACCUCUUGGAAAAAUUACAAAAUAAACUUUUAUAG